CUUCACCUUUAAAAAAUAAACAAGCACCUAUGUUUAAGCUGAUUCCAGAAUACAAACAACACGCGUGUGCACCAUUAACAAAAUUUAUCUGAAAGUCACCAUUCUAUUCCAAAAUGUACCUUAUGUAUGAUACGAACGUUAAUGGGGAACGUGUGUAUACCUUGAAGAAACAUAACCCUCAAGGAACUCCGACCCAAUCAGCCCAUCCUGCACGGUUUACUCCCGAGGACAAGUACUCGCGGCACCGAAUUAUCAUUAAGAAACGUUUCGGGUUGCUGUUAACGCAGAAGCCGGCACCAAUUUAUUGAAUUGUUUUAUUAAUAUUAUGAAAAUCACUGAAAUGCCUAAAAAAGUUGGAAUGUCUCAGUAAUGCAAAACCGAAAACGGGAAAUAAGAAUACUUAGGUUAAGUUAGAAUUGAGUUCAAUUGAACAGUGUGUGAAAUAUAAACUCUUGUUAUCACCUCUAGAA